AGCUAAACACCCCCUAGGUCCCGAGCAUUUAUCCCUCAAAUUUCAUCAUAUCCAGAUUACUUUUCGAAGAAGCAUGCAAGUUCAAUCGAGCUCUAAAGUCUCCAAAAAAUCAUCAAAACGCUUUUUGUUUGACAAACGCUACGGUUACGUAUAUGAUGACUGGAUUGAACCUUCGGAAGUUGCCCUAGCCUAUGGCCGUGGAAUGUUUUGCAUUGUGCCUCUUGGGAAAGCUUUGUUCACAAUGGUUUCUGAAUCGGUGAACCUUGCAGCACGCCGAACCAUUGAAGUUCUUGAGCGACCAGAUCAGCUUUCAUCUCGAUCACUACAAAAAGUUGACGAUCUCAACAAUCAACUUCACCAAGUGAUGUUUUCUAUGAAGAACAUGCAGUCAAAUCAUUUCAAGGUCAAUCAGGUUUCAUACCAAAGGCCAUAAAUUGUUGAUUACAAUGUGCAUCUAGGAUGGUACUUUUUGAAUGAAAUGGGAAUGUAUGGACACUUUUUUGAGCAUGUUUCGGGCCUCGUAUAAUGCACAGCCAAAAAGACUCAUUUACUAUGUGUUUGAAGUUUGAACAAGUGGUUAAGUAGUUUGUAGUUAUCUAGUCGCAUGUAACAGGCACGAAUGCUUGUGUCUCAAAUGAAUGAGUUGAUGUUGGUUAGACAACAAUAUCUGUUUUAUACACAUUCCCUUUAACGAGCCAUAUCAUGUUGAAAGUGA